UUAUUUUUAUCAUCGUUUGGUUUUUGGUAGUUCGUCUUAAAAUUUUAAGAUUAUUUAAAAAGUUUUAAGCAAGUGACAAGAAAAAAAAAUAAAAAUAUAUGAAAAAAGGUAAUAAGAAUUAUUAACAAAAUGAAGUGCUCAAUAGUUGGCUGCGACACAAACGUCCUACCACGGCCAUCGUUACACAGUUUGAAUAGUGGAAGCAAGUUUGAUAAAAACUGGAUAGAAGCAAAAUUGUCACUAAAUGGCAGCGGUCCUACACUCACAAAAAGAUUUCCAGUUUGUGAGAAGCAUUCGAAUAAAAAUUGUCUGAUAAACAUUGGAGCAGGAAGAAGCCAGCUUUCUUCACAAGUGAUUCCUUCUAUUUUCUCCAACAUGUUGAAAGAUAAAACAGAAGUUUUAGAUUCCGAUCCAUUGCAUUUGGAACAUGAUGCAAAUAUUUCAAUCAAAAAUGAAACUAUUGAUACUGACCAUUCCUAUGCGGGUUUUACCAUCCAAGAAGCCAAUAUCUCUUCAGAAGUUGUUAAAAUUGAAAGCGAAAAUGAAGAAGAAGAUUUACAAUCCGAUGGCGUUACAAAUGAUGAAUUAAGCACACCAAUUAGAAAAACUAGACAGAAAUUUGAUAUAGACAAAGCCAGCCCCGAAGAAGUAAAAAGAAAAUGUUUGCAUUAUAUGGAGUUAUGCAGAAAGAAAGACAAUCAGAUAAAAGUCAUAAGACGUGACUUGAAAAGAAAGGUGGCCAAAAUAAAAAUCUUGGAAGCCAAAGUCAAAGAAUUGCAAUACUUAGAAUAUAAAAGAAAAAAUGGGGAGACUUAAGCUGUUUUUCCUAUAAGCAUUAAUUUAACUUUAUAAUUAUUUUUAUUAAUUUUAUUUUAUUUAAUUAAAUCUUAUUUUUGAAAAAGCUAUUUAAA